UGUCAUAUUCACGUGUUUUUGUGUUUUGAAUCCAUGCUUCAUUUCAUAAAAUAAUUUAAAUUAUUUAGAAAAACAUGUUUGUUUUUCGUUAUUAAUAUUUUAUUAAGGCACUGCUGCUUUUUUUAUUACAACAUGAAGUUUAAUUAUAAGUUUAGCAAUUUACUUGGAACUGUGUACAAGAGAGGAGAUAUAAUUUUUACACAAGAUGGGAACUGUGUCAUCAGUCCUGUGGGUAAUAGGAUUACUAUAUACAACCUUAAACACAAUAAAAGUAAUACACUGUCAGUGGAGGGACGCUUCAAUUAUACAGCUAUUGAUCUGUCACCCAAUGGAUCUAUGCUGUUAGCAAUAAAUGAGAAGGGCGAAGCUCAAAUGAUCAGUAUGCUCACAUGUGCAGUUGUACACAGGUACAAGUUUAGGCAGCAUGUGAAUGCUGUUAAGUUCAGUCCAGAUGGGAAGUACUUUGCUGCUUGCUGUGAUGAUACAGUAUUCAUAAUGACAGCUCCAAGCUGUUUCACUGGAGAAUUCCGCUCGUUUGUCAUGAAACGGGUUUUCAAGAAGGCACACGACGAAGUCACAUGUCUCGACUGGUCGACAUGUUCGAAACUGCUCGCAGUCGGCUCUAAGGAUACCACUACAAAAAUUUACACUGUAGAUUACUUAGACAACCUCAGUAUGUACUCACUGGGCGGCCAUACGGACAAAGUGGUUGGUGUUUUUUUCGAAAAGAAGAGUUUGGACCUUAUAACAGUGAGCAGGAACGGUCAAGUUUGCUUGUGGGAAGCGAACAUUGACUCCGAUGAUCUUGUAACAUCAGAAGUACAGAUAUCUCAUAGAAAAAGGAGGAAAUUGGCUAAACAAGAAGAGAGCGAUGAUGAUAUUGAUGAGAAGAAUGUUGUAGAAAAAGAUAAGGAAUAUGAAAGUGACGACGAGCAGCAGGAUUCAGAAGUGAAAAGUAAUAAAAACAAUACAGACGAGAAAAAAUUGCUAUACAAAAAAUUGGGUCGACAUUACAUAGGCGAUGCACUAAGGAGUGCCGAUUACAAGGUGAAAUUAACAGCGGCUCAGUACCAUAAGGCUACUAAACUAUUGGUCACUGGUUUCUCCAGCGGUAUAUUCUUUCUUCAUGAGAUGCCAGACGUUAAUCUUAUUCACACACUCAGCAUAUCAGAGCACAGGAUCAGCAGUAUCUCGAUAUCCCCGCCAGGAGACUGGAUAGCGUUUGGGUGUCCGCACAUUGGGCAGCUACUUGUAUGGGAAUGGCAGAGUGAACAAUACGUGAUGAAGCAGCAAGGCCACUCCCUAGACAUGACCUGUCUCGCUUACUCUCCCGACGGUCUCUACAUAGUAACGGGAGGGUACGAUGGGAAAGUUAAGGUGUGGAACACUAGUACAGGGUUUUGUUUCGUCACAUUCAACGAGCACAAAUCGUCCGUGACGAGUAUAGUGUUCAGUGCAAACAAGAAGUUCUUCGUGUCCUCGUCGCUAGAUGGCACUGUUAGAUGUUAUGAUCUAACUAGGUACCGUAACUUCCGCACGCUGACGGCAGCGACCCUGGUGCAGUUCAGUUGCGCGGCGCUAGAUGGCAGCAGCGAGCUGUGCGCCGCCGCCGGCCAGGACGUCUUCGAUAUCUACCUCUGGUCUAUCAAGUUUGGGAAACUACUUGAUGUACUAGGCGGUCAUGAAGCACCAGUGUCCUGUUUAGCAUUCAGCCCGGCGCUAACUAGCUCCCGGCUCGCGUCGGCCAGCUGGGACAAGACCGUCCGGCUGUGGGACUGCAUCGAGAGUAGCUCCGACUGCGAGACCAUACAGCUCACGUCCGACGCGCUGCAGGUCGCCUUCCGGCCUGACGGUGAAGAGAUCGCGGUGUCGACCCUGGACGGCAAUAUCAGCUUGUUCAGCACGGCGUCGUGCGAGCAGACGGGUAGUAUCGAGGGACGCAACGACCUCGGCGCCGGCCGCGCCGACACUGACCUCGUCACCGCCAACACCAACCUCAAGACUAAGGCAUUUACAACUAUAUGUUACUCCGCUGACGGUACGUGCCUUCUCGGCGGGGGGAACUCCAAGAAUAUUUGCCUGUAUAGCGUAAGGGAAGCGGUGCUGAUCAAGAAAUUCGUCAUCACGCAGAACAGAUCCUUAGAUGCUGUGAACGACUUCAUCAACCGCCGGUUUCUGACAGAGUUCGGCAACAUGGCGCUCAUAGAGGAGAGGACGGAGCUGGAGGGUGGGGAUGUGGCCAUCCGCCUGCCCGGCGUCAGGGAUGGUGAUAUGGCUGACAGGAGGGUUAAACCAGAGGUAAGAGUACACUGCGUACGUUUCUCGCCGACCGGUGAGAGCUUCGCCGUCGCAGCCACCGAGGGGCUUUUAGUUUACAGUCAGAAUGCAGGCAUCGAUGGCACAUUCAGGCCGUAUCGUUUGGAUUCCGGCUCCACUCCUCAGACGGUAAGACAGCACCUGAAGGACAGAUCCUGGGGGCACGCAUUGCUCGGCGCCAUACAACUGAACGAACUCACCAUCAUACAAGAAUGCGUCGAAUCGGUACCGCCUUCUGACAUCGAACUAACCGUUACGAGUUUAGAAGAGGAUUACGUCAGUCGCCUUCUGAAUUCACUGGCGCGGCUUCUAGAAGACAGCCGACACUUAGAGCAUUUACUUCUAUGGGUGAAGGCGGCGAUCUCAGGCAAGAGGAAGGUGCCUCCGAACGUACUUCUGGCGCUGGAGAAAGUACUUACCGUGAAGUACUCGCAAUUGAGCAAAAUAUGUGAUUUCAACAAAUACACGAUUCGGUGUAUAAAGACAGUGGGCGAGAUGAUUCCUAAACGUGAAGAGGAGGCGAUGGACACCAGCGACAACGAGUCCAGUGGACGAGGGACGUUUUCGGAUACUGAUUAAUUAUAAAUAACCUGUUUUAUUAUUAUUAUUAUUUUUUAUAAUAAAAUGUUUAUUUGAAAUUCA